AUGCGUCCUGCAGCCUGGCUGCGCUGGGCCUCCUUCCUGCUCCUGGCUAGGUGUACCCAGCCCUGCCCUGAGGGCUGUGACUGCAUCAUCCCGGAUGUGUUCUGUUCGGAUGAGGAGCUGGCCGCUGUGCCACUGGACAUCCCUCCCCACGCCACAAACAUCGUCUUUGUGGAGACCUCGUUCUCCACGGUGGGAACCAGGGCCUUUGGUGGCAGCCCCAACCUGACCAAGGUGGUCUUCCUGAACACCCAGCUCUGCCACUUUGGGCCGGAUGCCUUCGGGGGGCUGCCCAGGCUUGAGGACCUGGAAAUCACCGGCAGUGCCUUCUCCAACAUCAGCGCCCGCAUCUUCUCCAACCUGACCUCGCUGAGCAAGCUCACCCUCAACUUCAACAAGCUGGAGGCUCUGCCCGAGGGCCUCUUUCAGCACAUGGACGCCCUGGACUCCCUCCAGCUGCAGGGGAACCGGCUCCAAACGCUGCCCGGAAGGCUCUUCCAUCCUCUGGGACGUCUGAGGACCCUCAACCUCGCUCAGAACCUCCUGACCCAGCUCCCCGAGAAGCUGUUCGACCCCCUCGUCAGCCUGCAGACCCUGAAGCUGAGCAACAAUGCUCUCUCUGGCCUCCCUGAGGGCGUGUUUGGCAAGCUGGGCAGCCUUCAGGAGCUCUUCCUGGACGGCAACUUGAUAUCGCAGCUGCACCCCAAGGUGUUCUCGGAGCUUGUCUGCCUGGAGAAGCUGUGGCUGCAGUGCAACGCCAUCAAGCACCUG